UUCUGGAACAAAAUAAAGAAUCUUCGUACUACAAGCGAAGGGUCAACAUUUUAAAAAUUUAUGCAAUGAUAAACUAAUACAUUUAGUGGUACAAACUGCCACUAGACAUUAGAAAACAAAUAUAGUUAGCUAAUAUUAUGUUAAACCAUGGAAAUUAGAAAUAACGAACAAGAAUUGUUUAACAACACCGCUAUAAACACAACCCCAAUGGCUACUAUUGGUACACAAAUUCGUAACAUGCCAAUUCCUUCACCGCCAAGUUUAUCUAGUUCUUCGGAAGAUGACAGUGAUGAUAUGAGUGAUGAAGAUGAAGAACAUGCUGCUCUACAAAACGAUUUGACAUCCAGACUGUUGUUGGCUGAAGAUGACUUGCAUCAUGAUUUAUCAAAUUUAACUCUAGUUGGUCCAGAAACACAAGCAAGGCUAGAGGCUCUUCUUGAAGCAGCAGGUGUAGCUGCAGAUGGAAAAGCCUUCACUGAUCCUGAAGUUUUACGACGUUUAACAUCAUCUGUCAGCAGUGCAUUAGAUGAAGCUGCUGCUGCUCUUACACGGAUGAGAUCACAACCUGGAAAUGGUACUGCAAAUCAGGUCCAUGAGCAAGGUACCCGAAGUCUAGUUGAAGCGUGUAUAGAGGGAGAUAUAGCUGCAGUAAGAAAAUUGUUAGAUGAAGGUCGAAGUGUACAUGAGCCAACUGAGGAAGGAGAAAGUUUGCUGUCGUUAGCUUGUUCUGCAGGAUAUUAUGAGCUUGUACAAGUCUUGUUGGCUAUGGCUGCAAAUGUUGAAGAUCGUGGAAGCAAAGGAGAUUGCACGCCAUUAAUGGAAGCUGCCAGUGGAGGAUAUGUCGACAUUGUUCAGCUGUUACUUCAAAAUGGAGCAAAUGUGAAUGCACAAUCGUCAUCUGGUAACACAGCCCUUCAUUAUGCCUGCUGUAGUGGAUAUGAUGGUGUUGUACAUGUCCUGAUUAAACACAAUGCUGAUUUGGAGCAUCAAAAUGAAAACGGACACACCCCUUUGAUGGAGGCUGCUAGUGGUGGUCACGUGAAGGUUGCAAAACUGUUACUUGACAACAAUGCUGGUAUAAAUACACAUUCAAGUGAGUUCAAGGAAAGUGCCUUGACACUAGCUUGCUAUAAAGGUCAUGUUGAUAUGGUUUUUUUUCUACUUCAACGUGGAGCUGAUCAGGAACACAAAACAGAUGAGAUGCAUACUGCACUAAUGGAAGCAUCAAUGGAUGGACACGUUGAAGUAGCAAAACUUUUACUUGAUCAUGGGGCCCAGGUCAAUAUGCCUGCAGAUAGCUUUGAAUCACCACUAACACUUGCUGCAUGUGGGAGUCAUGUUGAACUAGCACAGCUGUUGUUAGAGCAUGGUGCUAAACUCGAGGAAGUUAAUGACGAGGGUUACACUCCAUUGAUGGAAGCUGCACGCGAAGGUUACCUACCCAUGGUUGCUUUACUUCUGGAGCAUGGUGCAAACAUCAAUGCACAAACAGAGGAGACACAAGAAACAGCGUUGACUUUGGCUUGUUGUGGUGGUUUUCAGGAAGUGGUGUCCUAUCUUCUAGAAUGUGGUGCAAACAUUGAACUAGGUGCAUCAACACCGCUAAUGGAAGCUGCUACUGAGGGGCACGUAGAACUUGUCAAGUUUUUGCUAGAAAAAGGCGCUAAUGUUAAUGCAACCACGGCUACUGGUGAUGCAGCUCUUACAUAUGCUGCUGAAAAUGGUCACACUGACCUUGUAGAGGUGCUAAUUGAGACUGGAGCAAAUAUCGAGCAUGAAUCAGAAGGAGGGAGGACACCGUUAAUGAAAGCAGCAAGAGCUGGUCAUCUAUGUACUGUUGAGUACUUGAUCAGCCAAGGUGGUAAUAUCAAUAAGAAAACAACAGGGGAUGAGCAUUCUGUUUUGUCGCUCGCAUGUGCAGGUGGUCAUGCUGCAGUAGUGGAAUUGCUACUUACACGUGGAGGAAAUCCGACACUACAGCUUAAAGAUAACUCAAGUAUGCUCAUUGAAGCUGCCAAAGGAGGUCAUGCUAAUGUCGCCUGCCUGCUUAUCGAUGCACAGAUACACCAUCAAAGUUACCUACCACCCGACAGUCCAAUUCAUGCUGGUUUUCCAUCGCCUGUAACAUCAACUGGGACAGCCAGUCAUUCGUCGUAUCAUAUGUGCCAACACAUGCAACCAACCGAACACCUACACCACAUACAACCUCAACACGACUGUCAGUUUCAAUGCCCUCACGUGCAAAUGCAACCUGCGAUACAACAGCUACCUCAACAAAUUUGCUUAAGUCAUAAUUGUACUUUUACACCUCCUGUCAUUCAACCCUCGGCCCUACCUCCGGAUGAUUAUCAAAAUAUACAGAGCUCAAUGUUUGACGAAGACAACUUUAAGCACGAUAUAGAUGUCGACACCUCUCCGACAGACCUCUACGUCCAAAAUCUUCCCGUCUCAUUGGCUACGCAGUUAUCUCUGGCCAAUCUUACGCCGGCCGAUUUGCAGUCUCUGGCUCAAGCAUUGUCUUUUUCGUCGUCCGUAAACACAGCGAUCCAGCAUGAACAAUUUGCAACUUCCCAGGCUGGUGUGACUGAAGACCUUGGUAUAGGUGCAAAUAUCACUUUUCCCGUGGUCGAUCCUCAAGUGGAGAGUUUUACAACUCAGUCUGAGGUUUGUACUCCUUCGCCCUCUGACACUACAACGGCGCUAGUCACAAGUGCAGGAAGAACAAUCACGUCAACCGGAGUACAGACUGAUGCUAUUUCCAUGAUUCAGAAGCUGACGAAUAGCGUACAUCAAUUAAACGCGCUUCAAAAUUUUGCAGCUGCACACAAUCUCGAACUUGUUAACCUAGGUGAGAUAACGUUACCACCUGCGCCAUUUUCUUUGGAUAGUGAACCGGAAGACGGAAUUAUGGUUGCCGAGUCAGCCCAAACGUUAGAAGAUUCCAUGGCUGGUAUUACACGAGAAGAACCAAUUGGCGAAUGUAGUCCGCCUCCGCUAAUGGAAGCAACCCUUUCUGCUCCCUCCCAGUCUCCUGUAUCCACACCUUUACCAGCUGUCGUUGAUAUCGAUCAAGCCACAGAAAGUAACCACGACACUGCUCUCACAAUUGCUUGCGCUGGUGGUCACGAUGACUUAGUAAAACUCCUGCUGGCCAGGGGAUCAAACAUUGAACAUCGUGACAAAAAAGGUUGCACGCCACUUAUCUUAGCAGCUACGGCUGGUCACACGAGUACCUGCCACAUUCUUCUUGAUUAUGGCGCAGAUAUCGAAGCUCAGUCCGAUCGAACUAAAGACACAGCUCUUUCUUUGGCGUGCUCCAGUGGACGUCAAGAAGUUGUUGAGUUGCUUUUGAUGUCGAACGCAAAUUACGAACAUCGCAACGUUUCCGACUACACUCCUCUAAGCCUGGCGGCUUCCGGAGGCUAUGUUGGAAUCAUCAAAGUUCUGUUAAAUCACGGUGCUGAAAUAAAUUCAAGGACGGGUAGCAAGCUUGGUAUAUCUCCACUCAUGUUGGCGGCUAUGAACGGUCACGUAGCAGCCGUAAAGUUAUUACUCGACAGAGGUAGUGAUGUCAACGCGCAAAUUGAAACAAACAGGAAUACGGCUCUCACUUUAGCUUGCUUUCAAGGUCGUACAGAAGUGGUUGGUUUACUUCUCGAUAGAUGUGCAAAUGUAGAACAUAGAGCAAAGACUGGGUUGACUCCUCUCAUGGAAGCUGCAUCUGGUGGAUAUGUCGAAGUCGGUCGUGUACUGAUAGAUCGUGGUGCUGACGUCGUUGCUCAGCCUGUUCCCUCUUCAAGAGACACAGCAUUGACCAUUGCUGCAGAUAAAGGGCACUACAAAUUUGUCGAGCUACUCGUGUUGGUUGGAGCUACUAUUGAUGUCAGGAACAAGAAGGGUUGCACACCGCUUUGGCUGGCCUGUAACGGGGGACACUUGGAUGUAUGUCAGCUUUUAGCAAGAGAUUAUGCAGACGUGAACGCAACAGAUAAUCGAGGCGUAUCAUGUUUAAUGGCUGCUUUCCGAAAGGGAAAUGUAAAAGUUGUCAAGUGGCUGGUAAAGCAUGUAUCCCAGUUCCCACCCGACUCGGAUUGUAAGCGGUUUAUGCAGACUGUAUCAGACAAGGACCUGUUAAAGAAACUGGAGGAGUGUAUGCAUAUUAUUAUCGCUGCUAAAAAGCGACAAGAAGCAGAAGCUAACAAGAACGCGUCUAUUUUACUCGAAGAACUGGACUACGAAAAGAAAAAAGAAGAAAAACGCAAAGCUGCUGCACAGAAGAAACGCGAUAAAAAGAAACAAAAAAAGAAGAAGAAAACAAAUGGGAAGCAAUGCAUCGGCGAAAUGGACCACGAAGAAGCAGACGAAAAAGAAGAAGAUGAAGACGAAGCCGCAUUUAACCGUGUAAACUUCUCCUUUGGUGAUGAAGCAGCUCCCAUUAUUAUGAACGAUGAGCGACCCGAUCUUUCAACGGCUGAAUUAAAAUUAAAAUCCCAGAAACAGUUGAAGAAAAAAGAAAAGAAAAGUCGCUUAAAGAGUCGGAAUGCAAGUUUGGAGAAGAACAGUCAAGAAGAGGAAAAGAAGGAACGACAUCUUAAUCACACUAUGGAUAGCUUAACUAAUAUCGUCAUUACAACUGCAGCUCAAGUGGUUUCAUCAAUCAGUCCCUUAGAUACUGUAAGUGCUUCCACGGCUGCUGAAAUUACAAAAGCUGUAGCCUCAUCUAUUAUGACAAAUGCAAAAAAAACGAACAUGAAUUUAAAAAUAGACGCUGAAGUAGCUGCUACUAUGGUAACAGCAGUCGCACAGUGCGCUGUGGUUUCCUUGACAACGAGUAGUGUUAUUCAAAACAACGUCGUCAACCAUUUGAUGAGUCCUAAGAAAAGCCGACGCGCCGAAGAUGGAUGGAAGGAAGUGACUAGAAAUGCGCCUCAGUCAAGAGUAAAGAAGAUAUUGAUACCAGCAUCGUUAAUCAGUCGAGUCAUUGGUCGUGGAGGAUGCAACGUGAAUGCUAUUCGGGAACACACAUCUGCUCAUAUUGACAUCGAUACAAACCGUAAAAAAGCAAAUGGCGACUGCAUGGUUACGAUUAAAGGUUCACAGCAUGCAACUCGCCAGGCUGCCCAACUAGUCCAAUCACUUAUCGACAAUCCAGAAAGAGACGUGACUGAAAUACUACCGCCGAAUGUCAAUGGGCGGCCAUCGGUGAAACUUGAAGUACCAAACCCGAUUGGCAAUUCUCCAGCAGGUCUUUCGAAGUCAUUAAACAAUCCUAAACAACAGUCGCGAACCUCCCUGGCCCAAAGACAAAUGUCCGCUCCUGCUGCUGUAUCUCAACACCAAGAAACUGAUCAUGAUUUUGUGACAUGCAAGAUAGAAUCCAGCAGUUCGGUGCAUGCAGAAGCAAUCUCUACAAGCAACAACCUUAACAACGUGGCUAAUGGUCAGUCUAAAUCGACUUCCGGCUGGAAUGUGAAAAGUAAAUCGCAAUCUUUGACUGAGUCACCAUUAAAUAGAAUGACUCCUGACAAUCUCACACAUGUCUCGGCUACCGUUAUAUCUACCGUGACGACCUCAGUUUCUCGAAUAUCUGGACCAAAAUCACCCGCAGCAAGAAAACUGUUUGUUGCAAAUGCUAGCGGUAGCACCACUCCAUCGAAGUCACUCCCAAUGCCGAUAGGUAGCAAUCGUCCUGCUCGCUACUUAAACCAACAAAACACCGUGUCUUCGACUAAUGUUUCCGAAUCUAUAACAGCUUCUCUGCAUACGACUUUGACAAAUCUUCUGUCACAAGUUGCUACUCAACGAAGUCCGAUGAUAUGGAACGAUCGGAAUGGUGCGAAGGAUACUACAUCAGUAGCUGGCGAUGUGGUGGUUACAACACUAGCCACUUCACCUUCAAACGUGUCGUCAGGCAUUCCACCAGACCGCCACAUGCCGCGCACUAUGUCACAAAACUCUUCGCAAGAUUCUUCAUUCAAAGGCCACUCGCGAACUCCUUCAUUAUCACCAACAUCUAACCACUCGGUUUCGCCUACUCCAGAAGAAAGACCGCAUCUGAAUCCUAUAGGCAGCGAAAGGGGGCUGAAAAGACCGAUGCCGACACGAACAUCUAAUCUACCCGGUCUGACGCCAUUACUUCAAGGUUCAGAACGUUCUGCACAAAAUCUGUGGCAUUUCGAUUACAACAUUCAAAAAUCAGCCACUUGGAUAUCGUCAGACCAUUCAGCGUUGGGUUGGGUAAAUGAACAGCCGAACGAUGUACAACAACAUCCAAAUCGAAUUAACGGAGAUAUAGAUAACGACCAAUUCGGCGUUGGUCCAGAUGAAACAUUGAAAAGUCUACUCGAGAGGCUGUCACUUUCAAAUCAUUUGAAUUUGUUUCAGAAAAAUGAAAUCGAUCUGGACGCUUUGAUGUUGAUGACAGAACAAGACUACGCUGACAUCGGACUACCGAAGGAACCGCGCGUGAAACUUCUUAAUAGCAUGAAUCGCCUUCGCCCCGAAAAAAACGGUCUUGCUCCUCAAGAUCUGAAUGAACAUUACAGAAAUCACCAGCCUCAUUUGUUAAAACAUCCCCCAGCCCCACAUAUGUGGAAUUCUGCGCCACCGCCGCCGUCAAUGGAUCCAAAUUUAAACAGAAACAUAUCGCAACAGGACACGCGUCUUCCUCCCGGACUACAUGGUGGUAUACCGUUUCAUCAAGCACCUCAACUUGUGAACUCCUGGCAACCUUGGAGUAACACGGUGGACCAGUGACUGGGUCGAAUUUUUACGAAAUAAAACCAACUACUGAAGGAAAAGGAAAUCUCUGUUUAGUAAACGCAUUUAAAUUAUUCGUUGGUGAUCAUGAUGCAGUGCUUGUGUAAUUCUAUGUUUUUCAAUUCUGUUAUAACGUCAUCGUGUUAUAUUUACUGGUUAUCGGGGUAUUCUUUAACAUCUUUUUACUGAUUUAGCUACUUUUUUUGAAUUAUUCAGCUGCGUAAACUCGAAAUAAUCGACUUUCUUUUUUAUAUUCAUGUUACAUUUUGUGAUGUUUUUUUAUAUUCCUGGGCCUCUCGUGGACUCAUUUAUUCGUAUCUUCGAGUUUUUAGUGUUUUAGCGGGUGAGAAAUGCACAAUGUCUACAGAUCGUUCGAUUGUUAUAUUUCGUGAUAUUGCUAUAUAUAUAUAUAAAAGUUGAUCUUUAAGAUUAAUAGAGAAACAAAUAAUA